CCGCGGGGGCGCGGGCAGAGUGUGUGCAGGGAGUGGGGGGAGGCCAAGGCGGGCGGGCGCGCGCACGAGGCUUAACCUCGCUCGGUGGCGGCGGCUGUGGCUUCUUUGUUUCGUGAGGAGAAACGAGACGUCCACUCUGCCCCCGACCCAGCCUGGAAGGGAGGGGGCGGUGUCAGGAAGGCGACGGUGCAGCCGACUCUCGGAGACCACCGUCCGAAGCUCCUGUGAAGAUGUCCACUCCAGACCCACCCCUGGGCGGAACUCCUCGGCCAGGCCCUUCCCCGGGCCCAGGCCCCUCCCCGGGAGCCAUGCUGGGCCCCAGCCCUGGUCCCUCCCCUGGCUCUGCCCACAGCAUGAUGGGGCCCAGUCCGGGCCCUCCUUCAGCAGGACACCCUAUCCCAAGCCAGGGGCCUGGAGGGUACCCUCAGGACAACAUGCACCAGAUGCACAAGCCAAUGGAGUCCAUGCAUGAGAAGGGCAUGUCCGAAGACCCUCGCUACAACCAGAUGAAGGGCAUGGGGAUGCGGACAGGGGGCCACGCAGGGAUGGGGCCUCCGCCGAGCCCCAUGGACCAGCACUCUCAAGGUUACCCCUCACCACUGGGUGGCUCUGAGCAUGCUUCUAGUCCAGUUCCAGCCAGUGGCCCAUCCUCGGGCCCACAGAUGUCGUCUGGGCCAGGAGGGGCCCCACUGGAUGGUGCUGACCCCCAGGCUUUGGGACAGCAGAACCGGGGCCCGACACCGUUUAACCAGAACCAACUGCACCAGCUCAGAGCUCAGAUCAUGGCCUAUAAGAUGCUGGCCAGGGGGCAGCCCCUGCCCGACCACCUGCAGAUGGCUGUGCAGGGCAAGCGACCAAUGCCUGGGAUGCAACAGCAGGUGCCAACACUACCUCCACCCUCUGUGUCUGCAACAGGACCCGGCCCUGGCCCUGGGCCUGGCCCUGGGCCUGGCCCAGGACCAGCACCUCCGAAUUACAGCAGGCCCCACGGUAUGGGAGGGCCCAACAUGCCCCCCCCAGGACCCUCAGGUGUGCCCCCCGGGAUGCCAGGCCAACCCCCUGGAGGGCCUCCCAAGCCCUGGCCUGAAGGACCCAUGGCAAAUGCUGCUGCCCCCACGAGCACACCUCAGAAGCUGAUCCCCCCUCAGCCCACCGGCCGUCCCUCACCCGCACCCCCCGCUGUCCCACCUGCCGCCUCUCCCGUGAUGCCACCCCAAACACAGUCGCCGGGUCAACCAGCCCAGCCUGCACCAAUGGUACCACUGCACCAGAAGCAAAGCCGCAUCACCCCCAUCCAGAAACCCCGGGGCCUGGACCCUGUGGAGAUUCUACAGGAGCGGGAGUACAGGCUGCAGGCUCGCAUCGCUCACCGAAUUCAGGAACUUGAAAACCUACCCGGGUCGCUGGCCGGGGAUUUACGAACCAAAGCAACGAUUGAGCUCAAGGCCCUCAGGCUGCUGAACUUCCAGAGGCAGCUGCGGCAGGAAGUGGUGGUGUGUAUGAGGAGGGACACGGCCCUUGAGACGGCCCUCAAUGCCAAGGCUUACAAACGUAGCAAGCGGCAGUCCCUGCGCGAGGCCCGAAUCACCGAGAAGCUGGAGAAGCAGCAGAAGAUUGAGCAGGAGCGCAAGCGCCGGCAGAAGCAUCAGGAAUACCUCAACAGCAUUCUUCAGCAUGCCAAGGAUUUCAAAGAAUAUCACAGAUCCGUCACAGGCAAAAUUCAGAAACUCACAAAGGCAGUGGCCACGUACCAUGCCAACACAGAACGGGAACAGAAGAAGGAAAAUGAGAGAAUCGAGAAGGAGAGGAUGCGGAGGCUCAUGGCGGAAGAUGAGGAAGGGUACCGCAAGCUCAUCGACCAGAAGAAGGACAAGCGUUUGGCCUACCUCUUACAGCAGACAGAUGAGUAUGUGGCUAACCUCACGGAGCUUGUACGGCAGCACAAGGCUGCCCAGGUCGCCAAGGAGAAAAAGAAGAAGAAGAAAAAGAAGAAGGCAGAAAACGCAGAAGGACAGACACCUGCAAUAGGACCUGAUGGCGAGCCUCUGGAUGAGACCAGCCAAAUGAGCGACCUGCCUGUGAAAGUGAUCCAUGUGGAGAGCGGGAAGAUCCUCACAGGCACGGACGCCCCCAAAGCGGGGCAGCUGGAGGCUUGGCUUGAGAUGAACCCCGGGUAUGAAGUAGCUCCAAGGUCUGAUAGUGAAGAAAGUGGCUCAGAAGAAGAGGAGGAGGAAGAGGAGGAGGAACAGCCACAGCCAGCGCAGCCUCCCACUCUGCCUGUAGAGGAGAAAAAGAAGAUUCCAGAUCCAGACAGCGAUGACGUCUCUGAGGUGGACGCCCGGCACAUCAUUGAGAAUGCCAAGCAAGAUGUUGAUGAUGAGUAUGGUGUGUCCCAGGCCCUCGCUCGUGGCCUGCAGUCCUAUUAUGCUGUGGCCCAUGCUGUCACCGAGAGGGUGGAUAAGCAGUCAGCGCUUAUGGUCAAUGGUGUCCUCAAACAGUACCAGAUCAAGGGCUUGGAGUGGCUGGUGUCCCUGUACAACAACAACCUGAAUGGCAUCCUGGCUGACGAGAUGGGCCUGGGAAAGACCAUCCAGACCAUCGCGCUCAUCACGUACCUCAUGGAGCACAAGCGCAUCAACGGGCCCUUCCUCAUCAUCGUACCUCUCUCGACACUGUCAAACUGGGCAUAUGAAUUUGACAAGUGGGCCCCCUCUGUGGUGAAGGUGUCCUACAAGGGCUCUCCAGCAGCCAGGCGGGCUUUUGUUCCGCAGCUCCGGAGUGGCAAGUUCAAUGUCUUGCUAACGACAUAUGAGUACAUCAUUAAAGACAAGCACAUCCUUGCGAAGAUCCGGUGGAAGUACAUGAUCGUGGACGAAGGCCACCGCAUGAAGAACCACCACUGCAAGCUGACGCAGGUCCUCAACACACACUACGUGGCCCCCCGCCGCCUGCUGCUGACAGGCACGCCACUGCAGAACAAGCUCCCUGAGCUCUGGGCUCUGCUCAACUUUCUUCUGCCCACCAUCUUCAAGAGCUGUAGCACCUUUGAGCAGUGGUUCAACGCACCUUUUGCCAUGACUGGAGAAAAGGUGGACCUGAACGAGGAGGAGACCAUUCUCAUCAUUCGGCGUCUCCACAAAGUGCUACGGCCCUUCCUGCUCCGGCGGCUCAAGAAAGAGGUCGAGGCUCAGUUGCCUGAAAAGGUGGAGUACGUCAUCAAGUGCGACAUGUCUGCCCUGCAGCGUGUGCUGUACCGGCACAUGCAGGCCAAGGGUGUGCUGCUGACUGAUGGCUCUGAGAAGGACAAGAAGGGCAAGGGCGGCACCAAAACCCUGAUGAACACCAUCAUGCAGCUGAGGAAGAUCUGUAACCACCCGUACAUGUUUCAGCACAUCGAGGAGUCCUUUUCUGAGCAUCUGGGGUUUACCGGCGGCAUUGUCCAAGGGCUGGACCUAUACCGAGCCUCAGGGAAAUUUGAGCUCCUCGAUAGAAUUUUGCCCAAACUUCGUGCCACCAACCAUAAAGUGCUGCUCUUCUGUCAGAUGACCUCUCUCAUGACAAUCAUGGAAGAUUACUUUGCGUAUCGUGGCUUUAAAUACCUCAGGCUCGAUGGAACCACAAAAGCAGAGGAUCGGGGCAUGCUGCUGAAAACCUUCAAUGAGCCUGGCUCCGAGUACUUCAUCUUCCUGCUUAGCACCCGGGCUGGGGGGCUCGGCCUGAACCUCCAGUCGGCUGACACUGUGAUCAUUUUUGACAGUGAUUGGAACCCUCACCAGGAUCUGCAAGCACAGGACCGAGCCCACCGCAUCGGGCAGCAGAAUGAGGUGCGCGUGCUCCGCCUCUGCACGGUCAACAGUGUGGAGGAGAAGAUUCUGGCCGCGGCCAAGUACAAGCUCAACGUUGACCAGAAGGUGAUCCAGGCUGGCAUGUUUGACCAGAAGUCCUCCAGCCACGAGAGGCGCGCCUUCCUGCAAGCCAUCCUGGAGCACGAGGAGCAGGAUGAGAGCAGACACUGCAGCACGGGCAGCGGCAGUGCCAGCUUCGCCCACACUGCCCCUCCGCCAGCGGGCGUCAACCCCGACUUGGAGGAGCCACCUCUAAAGGAAGAAGACGAAGUGCCUGAUGACGAGACUGUGAAUCAGAUGAUUGCUCGGCACGAAGAGGAGUUUGACCUCUUCAUGCGCAUGGACCUGGACCGCAGGCGUGAGGAAGCCCGCAACCCCAAGCGGAAGCCUCGCCUGAUGGAGGAGGAUGAGCUCCCCUCGUGGAUCAUCAAGGAUGACGCUGAAGUGGAGCGGCUGACCUGUGAGGAGGAAGAGGAGAAGAUGUUUGGCCGUGGCUCCCGCCACCGCAAGGAGGUUGACUACAGCGACUCGUUGACUGAGAAGCAGUGGCUCAAGGGUCAGGUUGAUGCAGGUCCUCCUGACCAGAUGCGGAAGGAGCACCACACCAGCUCAAAACCCACUGCUGGUGUAAUUGGCAUUUUUGGGUGUCAGCCUGCACCUCUUCAUGUGGUUAAAGUAAAACAUUGCCAGUUGCCAAAUGAUGCAGGUCUCCUGAAUGUUUGUCCGUAGGAAACACAGUGAGAGAUUAGUGAGCAUCCAGUCUCCCUGCAAGGUGGUAGGGAGUACCAACGGGUCAGACAGCCCUGCUUUGGACACGUCAACCCCGUACCACGUCACCCCUAGGGCCUGGACUCCUGGCCAGGCUGGGAGGAGGGAACAAGCUUCUCAUGAGACUGGAAGCCAUGGCUGUUCAUGGAGGUGAUGUGAGCACCCGUUUUCAGCAGGCAGCAUCCUGCCCUUGUAGCUGCAGCUGCAGAAUGCUCAGUUAGGGCCCCAGCCCAGGGCCCACUGCAUCUACACUGGGGUUGUGGGAGUAAAUGAGACCUCUCUCCAUGUUCAGGGGCUCUGACUGCAGAGGUGACAAUUAAAUAUCCACCCUGGAGGUUGUUUCAUACAAAUGUCUCUGAAGCAGCACUUUCCAGAAAUAGAUGGUGGCUUUUGCUGCAUCUGGCUGAGUGCCACAGCCCAAAAUAAGAGAUGCUGCCCCCAGUCAUACACCCCGGAGUUACCCUGGAUUAACUGAGACAUGGUUUCUACCUGGGAGCGCAGAUGACCCCAGACUUGCAAACUUGCCCACUAAACUGUGCAUGAGGGGGCUGUCGAAUCAUGCCAGGGAACCAGGCGAACCUUCGUGUGUGUGGGUGUGGGGGCCCUGUUUUCUGGCCCAGGGCUCCGGGGCCAGUAAGGAAACCCCUGACGAGGGAGCUCGGGCCCAGUUACAGACCCGUCACAGCCUUUACGGAGCAUCACCACAUUUUGGAGACAGUCAGUGGGUGCUUUUUGCUUAUAUGCUAAUGUUUCAUGCACACUUCCCUCUCUUUUUUUUUUGAGGUGUAAUUUAUACUGUAGAGUUCACCCAUUUAAGAUGUGCGUGUCAGCAAUUUUCACUCCAUAUACAGUCAUGCAGCUGUCGUCACAAAUCCAUUUUAGAGUAGCCUCAUCAUCCCAGAAAGAACCCUCCCCUCUUUCACUCCCCAUUUCUUCACUCCCGCCGCAGCCCCUGACAGUCACCCUGUCCUGCAUGUUUCGUAUAAAUUGAAUCUUUAUACGAUUGAUAUAAAUCAAUCAGCAUGUGAUCCUCUGGUGUCUGGCUUCUUUAGGCAAAAUAUUUUCAUGGUUUCUCCAUGAUUUAGCACAUAUUAUUUCUUUCCAAGGCUGAAUAAUAUUUUAAUUUUUUGAAUGGCUAUACCACAUUUUCUUUAUCCAUUCAUCAAUUAAUGGACAUUUGGGUAGUCUCUACUUUUUGGCUGUUGGUGAGUAAUGCCACUCUGAACAUCUGGACGAGUUUUUCGGAGGACUUGUGUUUUGAUUUCUCUCAGGUACAUGCCUAGAAGUAGAAUUGUGAGAUCCAGUGGCAGUUCUGUGUUUAACCUUUUGAGGAGCUGACAAGCUGGUUUCCAGAGAAACCGCACCAUGGUACUACACCCCCACCAGCAGAAUAUGAGGAAAUUUGUCCUCAUCCUUGUUAAUACUUGUUAUCUGUCUUUUUUAUUUUAGCCACUCUAAUGGUAUAAAGUAGUUGGCAUCUCUUUGUGGUUUUGAGUUCCAUUUCCCUGGUGACUAAUGGCCUUGAAUAUCUUGCGUUUAUUGGCCACUUAUAUACCUUUCAUAUGAGUCUCUUUAUCAGAUAUGUGACUUGAAAAUACCUUCACCUUUUCUGUUGGUUAUCUUCUUUAUGGUGUCCUUUGGAGCACAAAAGUAUUUAUUUUCGAUGAAGUCCAGUUUAUCUAUUUUUCUCUUACCACGUUUCCUUUGGUAUCAUAUCUGAGAAUCAGUCCAUCACCAAACAAGAUCACAAAGAUUUACCUCUUUAUUUUCUUUCAAUAAUUUUAGAGUUUCAGCUUUUACACUUAUGUCCACGAUCCUCUUGAAGUUCAUUUUUGUAUAUGGCAGUAAGUCAGGGUCCAGCUGCCUUCAUUUCCAUGCGGCUAUCCAGUUGGCCCAGUACUGUUUGUUGAGAAGAUUGUUCUUUCCCCAUCAAACACACGCCUUUUUGUUUGUCAUACUCAGUAAAAUUUACACUAAUAGAGAACACAUUUGCCCACAACGGGCACUCUUCUCUCUUGGUGCUGGGUGUGUAACUGGCACCAUUUUUUGACAGCCACUCUGAUGCUACAUGUGCCCAGAUACUUCUGAAUGUUCCUUGCUCUUGCCUGGCUGCCUGUUGGACCAGAGAUGCUGGUAUUAGGUAGUUGCCCAGGCUGCUCUAACAAUUACCACAAACUUGGUGGCUUAAAACAACAGUGAUUGAUUCUCUCCCAGUCCUGGAGAGUGGGGUGUCUAAAAUCCAGGUGUCAGAAGGGCCCUGUUCCCCCCAGAGGCUCAGGGAAGGAUCCUUCUUUGCCCCUUGCAGCUUGUGGCGGCGCUGGCAUUCCUUGGCUUGUGGCCAUAUCCUUUGACUGUCUGCCUCCAUCUUUAUAUCCUCUUCCCUGUAUGUUUCUCUGUGGCCCUUUCUGUCUCUCCUGGGGUCACUCUCGUUGGACUGGGGGCCCACCAUAACACAGGGUGACUCAUCUCACUCGAUUCUUAUGUAAUUCUGUCGGCAAAGAUCCUGUUUCCAAAUAAGAUCACAUUCUGAGGUUCUGGGUGGCUCUGAAUUUUGGGGGACAGUAUUUAACUCUGUCUCCCCAGGCUUGCAGUACACGGCCUCCCCCACGCUGACCUUCUUUCCUCCCUCCUUCCUGACACACUCCCUUCAUGCUGUUCCUUUGGCUUGGACGCCUUUACCUGCCUCCAGCCUUCAUUUUGCAGCUUCAGUGCCACCUCCUCUAGAAGCCUCCCCCACGUCCAAGCAGGACACGUCUGCUCCACGGCCACAGCACCACUCCCCCUUCUCCUGGCACUCGACAGGGUUGUCACUGCAUUUGUGGGAAGUCUGUCGGAUUAGGGUCCACCUGGCUCCAUUUGGUGCUGUGUCCUCAGUGCCCAGCCCUCUGCCCAGCCCAUAGCCCCAGUCGAUAAAUAAGAGACGAGCGACCUGCACAUCCCAUUGGAUCCAGGCCCCACUCCCUUUUUGGAUUCCAAGCUCCCCUGGAAACCUGGCUUCCCCUCUCUUUGUUUGCAGGGAUAAAUGUGCAGAUUACUUACCAUUCGGAAUAAACAAAUCGUGAUCAUUUGCAGAUUAACAUUGCUCAUGUUCACAUUCUUCAACUCAGCAGUUUUAUUUCUAGGGAUCUAUACAAAAAAGACAGGUAUAGUCACAGCAUUAUGUAGAAUAGCCAUGCCCACCCCAGGUAAUGGAAAUAACCCGAAUGCUCAAGAACAAGUAAGGCCCUUUGUGCAAUGAAAUACUAAAUAGGCAUUAAAAAUUAUGUUGCAGAAAAACGGCAGGAAAUGCACCCGGGCUGUAGUAAGCAAAAACAUGAGUCAUGGUGUGGUACGUGGAUACAGCUCUCUGCUGUCUUGGUCGUGCACAUGUACACGGGAAGGGCAGGGGGACCCUGAGCUGGGUGCGGUGGUGGUUGCCCUCACUGUGAAGGUACCUCAUGCCACAGAACCGUGCACUUAAAAUCUGUUUUUCACUGAACUUUUUAGAAGAGGUGCCGUGGGUCCAGAGCACAAGUGUUGACGGUGUCACUUCUGGGUGGAGGGAUUACAGGAGUCCAUUCCAUGGGCUCCACACAGUGCAGAUGUGCCUCUUUAACUCUCAAGCACAACCCUUUAUUUGGGAAGAACAGGCACGGGUAUGGUGCACUCUGGGGAGGCAGAGCAGCCUUUGCUGGCCUUUCAGAGCCUACGUGAGCCUUGGUGUGUGUCCUGCCCCAGCCAGACCCAUGGGUUUGCGCGGCGGCCUCUACUUGUCAACCUCGGUGCUGGCUGUCCUAUUUUACCACUAUUGAC